CCUCUCUCCGGUUUUUGAGAAAGUUCUGUGCCCAAAAAGUGAGUUUUCGUCAGCGGGCGACCCCGAUUUUGGUUUUUCUGCCCCCAGGCCGGAGCCCGAGAGCCGCGGCGCAGCCCCCAACUCGAGCGCCCAGAGGCUGAGGUCCAUUUCGUGCCCGCUCUGUGAACUAUCCACUCGUCCUUGCGUGGACUUUAUUUUUCGGCUUUAGUUUCGUUUUUUUCUUUAGUAUUUAUUUACCAUCCUUCUUUUUUGAUCGCUGGAAAGAUGAUGCAAAACGGAAUGGAUACAUUACCGCAACAGAACGGUUCUAUUCACAGUAUGAACACAGGAUCGCACAACACAUCACAGAACAACCCUGGAGGUCCACAAGAAGAGUCCAAAACAAAUCUCAUAGUUAAUUAUCUUCCCCAAACCAUGACGCAAGAAGAAAUCAGAUCUCUUUUCUCAUCAAUCGGAGAAGUUGAAAGCUGUAAACUUAUUAGGGAUAAAAUGACCGGCCAGAGUCUUGGAUAUGGUUUUGUCAAUUACCAUCGCCCAGAUGAUGCUGACAAAGCAAUUAACACAUUAAAUGGUCUAAGACUACAAAAUAAAACUAUUAAGGUCUCCUAUGCAAGACCAAGUAGUGAAGCAAUAAAAGGUGCAAAUCUAUAUGUUAGUGGGCUUCCAAAAAAUAUGGCGCAACAAGAUCUUGAAAAUCUCUUCAGCCCAUAUGGACGCAUCAUCACCUCUAGAAUUCUCUGUGAUAAUAUGACAGUACGCCAGUUUGUCGGUGCUGCAGGAGAUAAUAUGCCAUGUUUAUCUAAAGGUGUCGGAUUCAUAAGGUUCGACCAAAGAAUUGAAGCUGAGCGAGCCAUUCAGGAGUUGAAUGGUACCACCCCGAAGAACUGCACAGAACCAAUCACCGUGAAAUUUGCCAACAAUCCCAGCAGUAGCAAUAAGGCACUUACACCUCUGACUGCUUACCUGGCGCCCCAAGCUGCCAGAAGGUUUGGUGGACCCAUCCAUCAUCCAACUGGACGAUUCAGCAGCCCUUAUGGAUUGCCUCUGUGGUCGGAAGCAAAAACUGGCACUGGCAAGACCAUGCUAGCCAUUAACAAAGGCCUACAGAGGUACUCACCUCUUGCUGGGGAUCUUCUGGCCAACUCAAUGCUCCCUGGCAACACGAUGAAUGGCUCCGGUUGGUGUAUAUUCGUGUAUAACUUGGCUCCAGAAACGGAAGAGAAUGUUCUGUGGCAGCUUUUUGGUCCAUUUGGUGCUGUUCAAAGUGUGAAAGUCAUUCGCGACCUUCAGACCAACAAGUGCAAAGGCUUCGGAUUUGUUACAAUGACAAAUUAUGAUGAAGCUAUUGUUGCUAUCCAAUCACUCAAUGGAUACACAUUGGGCAACCGAGUCUUGCAGGUCUCAUUCAAAACCAACAAGAGUAAAACAUCAUAAAUUGGUGCGAUAGGUACAUGAAUCAAUCAUAGCUAGUCAUUUUUAUAAAAAUAAUCUUUACCUAAAACUCUCUAUUAAAGUUGGUAGGUAGUUUCUUUUCAAAAAUUUUAAUCAUUUUGAAACCAUUUUCAUUUUCCAAGUGUUACCUGGAAAGUUGUUUGAAGUAUCUUUAUUUUACGUUCAGUACAUUGAGAAGCAUCUCAUUUUUACUUUGAUGCAUUUUGAAAAUGCAUAAUUUUAGUUCCCUUUUUGACUUAAAGUCUCAGAUUUUCAUUUUUUUUUACUUUAUGAGAUUCAACUUUGAUAGAGAGCGAUUUAAUAUCGAUACUUACAGGUGGAAGCUACUUAUUGGCAAGGCAUCAUAUCUCUCUCUCCGCUAUGCUAGCUCGGCCUUUAAAACAUUGUGCCUGUCAAUCUCUUGGAGUCUAAGAGCCUUUAAUCUAAAAGUUCUUAAUUUCUUUUAUUCGAAGGGAUUGAAUAAACCUUAAAACAUAUGCUAUUUAGUGCAAUAAUUUAAUUCCUUCAGAGCUGCAUCAUUCAUUUGCCUCGAUUUUUCACCUUUUUUGUGAAUAGUUAUAUCCAAGUGUAAGAUGUGAAUUUGUUAAAAGUUUUAUGAUCAGUAAAAUUCUUUGCAAGACUCCUCGUUCCUCUCAGCACCAUAAUUAGUGUACGAUGAAUACCUUUGUGAUGUUGAAUGAAAAAAAUGGACAGCUUUCUGGCACCAGGAAGCAGUAUUAUUCUAGAGAAGAAAAGUGAUAUUUUGGUUGCCUCUAAGAAUGAAACUUCCAUUAAAUAGAAAAAAAAGUGGCUCUUUGAAGAAAUUAUGUUUUGCGAAUGCGUGAGUUUUCAUCUCAAGUGUCGCCAUGCAAUGCCUAGUCAGAACGGGUGCGGGUUCAGUGUUACGCCGAGAAUCAGAAGCAUGUUCUGUGUUAUAGUAUCAUCAUUAUUAUUUAUUAUUACAUUGUAUUAUUAUGAUAAUUAUUUUUCAAAUUACUUAUCUUCUUACUUUUGAUGUUCGUAUUAUUACAUUUAUUAGUAUUGUCUCAUUAUAAUUAUCAAAAUUUAAUUAUCGAUAAGUAUUAUUAUCAUCAGCAUUAUUAUUCUUAUCUUUAUUAACCAUUAUUAUUAUGAUUAAUUAUUAUUAUUAUUAUCAUCUUAAUAUCAAUAAUUACUACUCUUACUACCAUCUUUUCCUUUUUCUUUCAGAUAAUGUUCGUUGAAAAUUUAGCUUUAGAUUCAAAUCACCAUAGUACUUAUUCGUAUUUGUUGUAAUCGUAUUUAUGUUUCCUGACUACUUGUCGUUUUUUCUUCUUUUUUGUGGUUUUCUCUAAUUUUUGUGUACAAAUAAGGCUUUUUUCCUUAGUUUUUUUUUCUUUCUUUUUUGUUUCUUGUUUUUUCUACCCUAUAUUGCUUCUGCAACUAAAUGAUGCUGAUUCUUGGCCCGACACUGAACCGAUUCAAUUUUUUAAUUGAACUUUUUUAUACUUGUACAUUUUUUGUAGUUAUAUAUAUAAAAAUAGUAAUAUGGAUUACUAGGAUAUUUUAUCUGGUAAAUUGUCUAGUCUCAGUUGGAUUUAAUUUAAUUCAGAUCUAAGGGAUGUACCUAGGCUUCUCUCAGAGCUCUCUAAAGUUGGUUUCAUUUCUCAGCAAAGCUAGAAUGAGCCAAUAUCUAGACAAAUCAGACUAUUUAAGCGAAAUCAUCAAAUUUAGCAGACUCUUUUCCCCUGCUCUAGUUUUCCGCAGAGAUCCAUUUCUUACCAUCACAAACUCAAUGCAUAGCUGUUGAGAGCUUGAAUGCGGAAACUUUUGUUGCGUUAUUUUCUUUUCACCUCCUCUCUUAUGUCAUAAUUUAUUCUACAUCUCAUAGUACAUUUUUAGUUUUAUGGUUUUUGUCUAUUUUGUUCCUCACGUAAAAUAUUGUCUCUCAUUUCCUCGUGUCGUUUUGUGUCAAUGUCAGUUUAGAAGUAUUUUCUUUUUUAGUUCCUUGAAUAUUUCACUUACUUCAUUAUCAUUUAGUUUGACCAAAAAUUAAUCAGCUUUUACCAAUUGUAGACUUAGUUUUUGAAGAAGAUUACUUUUAUUUAGUUUCGUUUUUUUGUCUAUUUAUUUUGUGUGAAAAAGAAAUGAAAAUCACCUGAAAUCAUUUUAUUUAAUUUACGUUUUCUGGCUAAUGCUGCGUAGCUUCUAAUAUUUUUUCUUAAUUUCACUAAAGUUGACUGUGCUUUUCAGUUUUCUGUAUCCCUUUUACUUUUUUUUGAGGAAUUCCCUUCAUUUUCAUGUAGCCGUAUUCCAUUUCCAUACUCUACACUUGAAUCAAAUUCCUGCAUAUUUUCAUCUUGAAAUGGUCAUCGUAUUAAAGUUGAAUUUUAUAAUGCAUUUUGUUUGUUUGCAUUAAUGUUUAUUUCACAGAGGAGUCCAAGUGACUGAGAUAACUAAGAAGAACAAAAAAAGAGAAAAGAUUAAAGUACAAGAUAUUUUACUUAUGUUAAACUGACAUGGAGAACAAGUUACACCAAAAGCACUGAUGUUCUCCAAAGUGGCAGGUGACGAUAACACCAUCAAGCCAAUGAAAAAGGGGGUGUUGUCACAAGUACAAAAAUUAAUGUGUGUUAAAAAACAAAACGUAUCCUCUUGGCACCACCUCUCGUAAAAAAUUACUUUUCAUGAAUGUUGAAAAGCAAACUAAUAAUAAAGACUGGCAUCAAGUUUUCUUGUGUCAUUUUAAUAAGGUUCAGCUUCACUAAUACUCAGUAGCUAAUUUUCUUGGAAACUCUAGUUAAAAUGAAUUUCUCCUCUGUUUCAACAAUACCAAAAAAAUCGGUAUAGUUGCAUAACUGUAGAGAAGUUUCCUUUCUUUUGUAGCUUAGUAGCAUCCAUCAUUACUUGGAAAGAUAUCAGUCAGUUUAGUGCAAUGACCAAAUGGGAAUUGAGUAUGGCUCCUAAAUUUUUCAUUCUUUUCCAGUCUGUGUACAAAUUAAAUCAUUGCAUCACCUUAUCAACUAGUAUCUCUAGUCUUACAAGAGUUUUGUUCAAAAAUGUGCAAGUUCUUUUUUUCAACUUUUUUUCGAUCACGGCACUUUUCCUAUUUAUGAUUUUUUCAUAGUUUUUUCAACCUCUGGCAGCUUAUAUCUCUCUUUUCUGCUAUGAUAUUUCUCCCUGUCUGUAGUUAAAUAUAAAGGGGUCUUCCAAUUAUAAAUGUCCAUCAUACUUAUUUAUUCACCAAAUCAUUGCUCGGACACCUCUUUGGUUUAAAUAAAUUCGAGCAACAAAAUUUUAAUUGAGCUUUUUUUGAUCUAGUCUAGAAAUCAAUCGUAUGCUUCCGAAUCUUCUAGCUGACAUCAAGGAAUAUGAAAUGAGUGAAUCGGUUUUUAAACAUGUAAUGAGAAUUUGUUUAAAACUGCUUUAAGUGGAAGACAGUGUUGUAUAAACUGCUUAGAACACAAUAGACAGGGAAAGUUUGACAUUUUUGAACUAAAAUUUUUACAGACUAGUUUUUGAAUUCCAAUUUUACAAGUCAAAAGUCGGCAUGACUUGCACACAGGCAUGUUUUAUUGAAAUUUUUAAAGAAUUCGAGAUACUUUUAUAUUGUUGAAAUGUUCAAUAUAUUGCACAUAAAGCUCAAAUUUUAUUAAAUAUUUUAAACUUAUAUUUAUUAAAAUUAUUUAAAUUAAAAAAUAGCGUAACAAGAAAUUUUGUAUGGAAUUUUUAUUGUUCAGAAGAACUUUAUAUUUUUUUCCUAUCUUGAUCAACUUCUUUGACUCCCAACACGGAGUCUUUGUUUAUCCCUCCUCCGAGUUUCUUUUCCUGAAAACUGGAAGAAAAUGUUACUGAAUCCAACCAAAAUUUGCAAGCGAAAUAUUUGCUAUCUGUCUGGAUUUUAGUACUCUCUCUGAUUUCUAUUUCAUUAUUUCCCUCCUAGAUUUAAGAUUCGUUUAAUCAAGAUCUCAAAUGAGAAUUAUCAUACUAGUGUAUUCUUUUCCUCAAAGCUAGGUUAAAUUGUUACGUACCUCAUCAAGUGGAUAAUUCAAUUUAUUUAUUAAAUAAAUAAAUUAAUUUGUAAUGUUAAACUGUUGCUGAUCUAAGUUACUUCGGAGAUUUCACAGUAACCAAGUUGUUCUAUGUCCUUUCUUUUCUAAAUGGGGUCAGCAUAUUAUCAUUAUCAAGGGCAAGUGGCAUUUGAAUUAAGUUUAUCAAUCAAAAGUAAAGCAAAAUUAAAAAUGAAUUUCUUUGCUUUAAGUACUGAUAGGAAAACAGAGGCUGGCUUGUUUGAGCAGGUGUAUGUUUUCUCUGAAUAGCUAUUCAUCCCAAUGUUUGAUAGACCUCCCAUUUCAGAGUAAGUAUUUUUUAAUAUUUGAUGGAAAUAACAUUCCACCUUGUAUUGUCUAUCUACUUCCUUCGGCCCUCUGUUCUUUACUGUAGUUACUUCUUGCCCUUUGAACCUCGAUCUUUUUAGUUUUGAAUAUCAAUCCUAUGAAGUGGCACUGCAUGAAAGAUGGACAUCGAGGUGCCUAGCUGCCUGAGUUGCCUGUGCCAUUCAAUUCGUUGACUGAACUUAAAGUCAUUUUACAUUUUGGAAUUAUUUUAUCGGUAUACCAUACUCAUCGAUCAGUUCUGAGUUCAUAAUAUGAAACUAAGGAAAGAAAAUUAAAGUAUCCAAGCAGAAUUUGAUCCAGAUAUUUUGUGAUAAAUAAAUUAAUUUUUUCCUGUUUCUUAGAUACAGUCUCUGAAUCAGCAAGUUUGUAUUUUCACCUUGAUCCAGUUCAUGAGAAUUUUUUUUCUUUCAAUUUCAAGGCAGUGAAUAUUUCGAAUGACCCCUCUGCAAUGUCACUCAGUUUUCAUCAAAACGGAAUUUCUCUGAAGUAACUUAAUGCGGUGAGCAGUCACUAGUCAUUAAAACUCUUUACGACUGUGAAUAGUUUAUGUUGAAAAAAGGAAAAACUCACUAUAUUUGUUAAAAAUUAAUGUUUGUUGGAGAUUAUAUUAUAAGUAAAAUAAAUAUUCAUUUGUUUCCUAGAAUAUAUUGUGCUCCUGGCUUGAGAACGAGCUCUAUCAGCUUGUAUUUGGCAUGAGACAAACAAUGCUCAUGUAUUAACUUCAUGCUGACUCAAAAUCCUAGGUUGUUUGUUCAAAGAACAUUUAUUGUCAACCGUUCACUUACUUUACUUAUCCAUUUAUUUGAUGAACUCAUCGAAUGUGUGUAAAGACAGUGUCUGCCAUAUUUGUUGAAGCCUUCUCAAGGUAAUUUGAAACACUCUAAUGGGGGGAAUAAAUAUUUCUCACUAAUUUGUUAGUCCAUUCCUUCCAAAACUUUAAUUGUCCUCUGAUCAAAAUCGUUCUUAGUUAAAUUCAAGAGUGAUCAAGAAAGUCACCGGUACUUAUGAUUUUAUCAGCAUGUAUGAGAAAGUUCCUGCAUUUGUCUUUUUAUCGUCUGCUUUAAAGACCAAAGAGGCAGUUCUUUAAAGCUAAAUUUCACUUGAAGAAUGAUGGCCAGAACAAUAACUCAGCUGUGAGGACAACAGUGUAGUUGAUUCUUUAAGUACUCCUGUCUGCAUUUCAAACUAUAAAAAAUAUCUUCAAGCAUACAUACUGUGAUUAAGCCCAAGCUAUAAAAAGAAAAAAAAAAGCGAGUAGGUAUAUUUUUUCCUUGUGUUUCGAGGAACUAGAGUCUCCACCAUUAGAAUUUUAUAGCUCUAUCUGAGAGAAAGAUUGAACUAUUAUUUUAUAACACCCAUUAUCAUAAUUACUUAAUUCUCUUUCAUCGAAAUCAUCAGGUAGUUUCAACUGUGAAUCGAAAAAUUUUUAUCUUACAGUUUUUCUCACAGCCUACUAUAACUCAUGUCUCAUUUUACUAUCUCUGAAAAACAGCAAACUGUCUGAAAUGAACCAGUUAAGGACCGGCAUUUAGAACUUAAUUCUUUUUCUGACCAAGUUGUUUUUAUAUAGAUCUUAGAUUCAUCUAAAACCAAAAAAUAGAUUGUGAUAGUCCUUUAGCAAAAUAAGAAUUACCAAAGUUUGCAGUUUUUCAAGGUCGUCCUCUGCAGAAUGACAUUAUAUAUCUAAUACUACAAUGCUGCAAUUUAAUUCACUCAAAGAGGGAACAUGCUUAAUCGAAAUUUAACGGCCGUCUAAUGAGCAAAGUUUUUGCAUGCUUCAAAGUGUCAGCGGUAAAAUUGUGGUAAAAAUUGUGUACCUCCUUUUUACGUUAAGUACCGAAUUGUAUAGGUAAAGAAGUUUGGUACUAGUUAAAUAAGCAAAAAAAAGUGAUAUUAUAUUUAUAAAAGAAUUUUGCGUGUCAGCUGCUUUUAUUUUUCUGUUUGUAGAAGAAUGGAAUUAGAGAAUCGUACAUUGGAUCAAAACAAAUCCUAGGCUCUUGUGAUAAUGUUGGUUACAAACACUGGUAGUGUAAAUAAUUUUUUCGUGUAUAAAAAAUUCUCACCAUGUAUAAAUACUAUUUAUCUGACCGAAAAAGAGACAAAAGAUACAAGAAGAAAAAUUAUUUCUAGUCUGCUUAAAGAUCUUUAAAAAAAUUUUUUACUAAAUUUUUAACUCUGUAUUAUAUUUAAAUGAUAUUUUUUGAAAACAAAAACCUAGAUAAAAUAUGUAUUAGUCAGUACUUAUAUGCACGAAUUAUUAAGUGACUAUUUAUUUAUUUAUUUAUUUGUUUGUCUGUUUAUUUAGUUGCCAGUUAGCUAAUGUCCUACUUUUUAUCACUUUGGUUUCGUAUGUCUUCUCUCUCUCUCUCAUACGACUCUUGUGUUUCAAAUUAGUGUAACAAAAUGUUUACAGUUGGUUGUAUCAAUUCUGAGACAUCACAUCAUUUUACAACUUUACAUCGGGCUUUUUUUUUCUUGAAUGGGAAAUUUAUUAAUUUUUAUAAACGCUGCUUUCGCUGCUUCUUGUCAGCUCUUAAGCAUUUUUUCACACCAAUUAAAAUAUUAAGUUUUCGCUUGAAAUUUUUUAAAGAGUAAUUUUUUCAAUACCAUUGUAUGACUGCUUUAUGCAAUGCAGCUUUGGAAAGAUUUUCCUGGCGGAGAUUUCAUGCCAAUUCAACUCCUUGUCAUCAUCACAUAUAUUUUUGAAGCUUAUAAGCUCUAAGUCAGCUAAUUAAAUUUUCAACUUGAUAGUACUUCGUCCUUAAACUUGAAGUUUCUAGUAAUUUAAUUUAAACCUUUGAGAGUGUGCCACAUCUGAGUUUCAUUUCAGCUCAUCUAGUUUCAAUUCUCCAUUUUCAAGCAAUAUCAUAUUUCUUUUGAAUUAGAAUAUUUUGGCAUACCCCUCCGAAAGGUUGACCUAAUUGGCACAAUUUUUUAUUCGCUUCUCUUGACUAAAUUUGUACUUAAUCUUGGAACAUUGAUCCCUGACCGUUAUCUUCAUUGAUAGUUUUUUUUUGUUUAUUGUUAAUAACGAAACGGAUAAAAAUAUUGAAGAUCUCCGUGUAAAUUAGGUUUUACGAACUUCAGUGAAUGUCACAUUUGAAAACACCAGUUUGUUCGGGUUCGACCAAUCCGAAGUUUCCUAAUUUUGCUUGUCAGGAACCACAUGCAAAA